AUGCACGUGGAUUCUGCAGCGUUCGAAUAUCUUCCUCGAUCGACGUCGGACUCCAAUAACGUCGCUAGAAACCAUAUUGUAUUCAUUCUUGUCGCUCAUACCCAGCAGCCGCUGCAAAAAGUGGCCAUGUCUGACCCGACCUCCCUCGAGUCCCUCCGAGCCGAGAGGAGACACCACUGGAAUGCUCUCGACACGGAUCCCAACCCUCACCAAUACAAUGCCUUUGCAUUUCUGGCAUGGGCUAAACUGACGCUCAUUCUGCAACGGGUGGCUAUGACGGGUCGAAGGAGGCUCGCGCCUGCUCGUACUUUCUGUGCUUCGGCGCGUAGGGAGACAUAUUCACUCCCGGACGUGUCGUUGUCUUCCAAAGCCAAGUUGUCUGUCUUGUCCCUGCGACAUGGCCGCCAGACGGCUUUCUCUUCCCCUUUUUGCUUCUUCCAUUCGUACUCCUUUGGAAACGCUUUGCUCUUACCUUGCAUAUUCUCACCUACAGCAGUGCUGUCUGUGCUUUCGCUUCUGUCCUGGGAGCUCACCAUGGCGUCGAGCUUACUGAUCUUGACGACCUUGAGUCUUGUCAGUCUCGCAUCUAGUCGACCGUCGGUCUAUUUCCCCUUCAAUUCUCAAUUGCCUCCCGUUGCUAGGACAGCCAAAGUCUUCUCCUACACCCUAUCGCCGCAGACAUUCUUCUCGGAAUCCAACAUCACGUACAGCUUGAACGACGGUCCACGAUGGCUGUCUAUCGAUGAGCAGACCGGGCAUCUGUACGGGACGCCGGAAGAGGAGGAUGUACCCGAUGGGGAGGUCGUCGGGAUACCCGUCGACAUUAUCGCCACAGAUGACUCUGGUUCGGAGACCAUGACCGCAACUUUCGUGGUAUCUCGAAACCGUGCCCCUGAAGUCGCCAUUCCCCUGUCGGAGCAAAUACGGGACUUUGGCGACCGCGCAGCUCCAGACGCCUUGGUAUCAUAUCCGUCCUCCCCCUUUUCCUUCACAUUCGCCGAAGACACGUUCUCGCCCCCGGGUCCUCUCAACUACUACGCUACGUCCGCCGAUAGCAGUCCUUUACCGUCCUGGAUUCUGUUCGAUGCCGGCAACUUGACCUUCUCCGGCCAGACACCGCCGUUCGAGAACCUCAUCCAACCUCCACAGACCUUCAGCUUUCAUCUUGUCGCUUCCGACGUGGAGGGCUUCUCUGCCGCCUAUGUACUCUUCUCCCUUGUCGUCGGCAGUCGCAAAUUGACCAUGGCCGAUCCAGUCGUGAGACUGAACGCUACACGAGGAGCAUCUAUAUCCCACCGUGGUCUCAGGGACGAAAUCGAGUUGGAUGGGGAGGCGGUCAAUCCAGCUGAGCUCACCGUCUUGACGGAGAAUAUGCCUGAGUGGUUGUCGGUAGACGAGUCUACAUUGGAGAUUCGAGGGAGACCCCCGACUGAUGCCCGAUCCAGCAACUCUACUAUCAUCCUCCAAAAUUCCUUGUCCGAUACCCUCAGCAUUCAGAUGGUCGUCACUAUCGCCACUGAUAUCUUCCGAAGGACAGUUUCGGACUUGGAAGCUACGGCCACAGAAGACUUCUCUCUCGAUUUAGAACCGUAUCUCUGGAGGCCCGAGGAUGUUUUUCUUGAAAUCGAAACGGACCCCUCUCAAGACUGGAUCGAACUCGACGGACUUGUCAUAUCGGGUACGCCGCCAGUGCCGUCUAGUCAAGGCGACACCAUUCAGCUCACUCUACGUGCGACCGAGAGAAGCUCUGGUGAAAGUGAAACAGAAGUCGUACGCCUAGGCGUGCUUUCGCCCGCCGAUCUGUCCUCCACCACGUCUACUUCGACCCCAACCAUCGCUCCUACGGCCUCCGAAACUCCAACAGAGAGCGAGAGCUCCGACUCCGAGCCUGGAUUGACUCUCGGCCCUGGCUUGAGUGCUGAACAAAUCAUGCUGGCCGUGCUGGUCCCAAUCAUCGUCAUCGCAUCUCUAGUGCUGUUGCUCUUAUGUCUCCGACGAAGACGGGAACGCAAGUUUCGGAAGAUCCAGGGCCAAGACAUCUCCCGUCCCGUUCCUGGGAGCUUCGUCGAAAACGGCAGCCUGUAUGACGACGCCAGGUCCGCGAAGGCUCACGGAGCCAUCCCGCCUCCCGAAGCCGCAAAUCGACCGGGUCAAAUGGGGUAUUGGCGUGCUGCUUUGCGGAGGUUCAGAUCGACACGUUCGGUGGCGUCGAGCUUAGACGGCGGCUCCCAGCCCAGUAUCACGCAAGAACCCCCUACUUUGCCCAAACUACCUUCUGUUGGUUAUUAUACCCUGCCUGGCGCACAAAACUCGUGGCUCACCGGAGAGGACAUCGCCGGGGAGCCAAGUAGGAACCGCCUGUCACAACGGCGGAGCCGCUAUUCUGUCCUGAGCUUGUACGACAGCAUGCGCGACAUUGCAUCCAACCCGCCCUUUUCCCGCAACCAAACAGAGAGCUCCUUUCGGGGCAAAUUGGACGUCACCAUCCCUUCCGCAGACGAUCUUAGCAUGAGCUUCCAGCCGAUGGGAGGGACCGCUCAGGCAGUCGACAAAAGCAAACAACCUGAGGGGUCUUCACAAGCCAAUGAAGUUGACAUUCCGGCCCUGUCUGCGGCGGCCAGUUCCGACGCACUCUCGUGUAUUCCUGAACGAUCAAGCCCGCUAGGAUCCCACCCGACGUACGCCAGGAAGCUUCCCCUCGGCAGCCGUCCAAGGGGUUUCAGAGUCUACAGCGACAGCGACGCCAUAUCGCAGCCGAGUUUCGAGACUUUAUCGGGCUACAGCGAAUGGCGAGGUGAUCCCAAGUCACUUCAACGGCACGAGUCUCAAUCUCGGUGGAGCGACAUGUCACGUACGCGGCCCGUGAGCCGCCGGUCGGAUGCCAGUCCUUGGUUCGGCGGCCGCUCGGUAGCGCCGCCGCGCCAUCCCCGUCGAUAUCAGUUUUCGGCGGAUACGUCGUCCUCGCUGCUGUCGGGAUCGGUGCGAUCGGUGUCGGCAGGUUCAGGACCUCGGGGUGAUGAAAACGAAAACUGGCAGACGAUUCCACCCAAGGCGGUGGUCCGCAGGACGGUGAACUGGCAGACCAUACCGUCUGAAUCUCUCGGGCUACGGUACCAGGAGCGGGAGCUGGUGCACGAGUCGCCGUUCUAUCCGAGCAGGUCGUCGCGAGUGUCGCGACCGGCCAGGUCUCGCAGGAGGCCGUCGACCGCGGUGGGUGGGCAUGGGGAGAAUAAGCGGUACAGCACGUGGAUGGGCAAAGGUGUGUCGCUGCGUGAGCGAAGGGACGGCAGCGAAGGCAGGGAGGGGUCCCAAGAUAGCGAUUCCAGCGUCACCCUGAUGUCGCCGAGCAAGUGGGAGACGGCCCGCAACAGGGAGCCGUUGGCGGAGCGACCGGUCUCAUCUAUUCGCCAGGUGCAGCCGUCGGGGAUGUGGAUGAAGGACGGUGGGUUACCGGGCGGAAGCCGGGGAGGGGAGGGAGAGAACAGAGGCACAUACGAGUCUUCUCCCAAACACUCACAUGCGUCAAAGGGCGAGUCUGAUGUAUCGGACUGGGUGACCGAAGUAUGGUCGUCACUGGACAGGGAGGAUAGUGGUGUUCUGGGGAAGAGGCGGUGCAGGAGCUUGUCGAGGAAGGGGAACAGCCAGAACGAGGGCCUCUCCGCGCUGGGGCGGGAAAACAACGAGACUAGUGACUCGUGCUUCGUGUACAGGCCCAUGUACAACCGUCGGACGGAAAUUGCAAUUCACCCCGCGUUCUGCGAUGGAAAUACGUGGGUCUUGUCGUGGUGUCUGUGGGCUGUGGGCUGUGGGCUGCGGGCUGCGGGGGAUGAUGAGCUCGGGCCGUAUGGAGGGAUGCGGAAUUUCGAGAGUGCAGAAGCCAGGAGCCAGGAUCGAGACCAGAGCUUAUUGGAGUUUGGCUGGUCUUGGCUAGUGCAUCCCGUGCUCACUCCGUCAUUUUCCCUGGAGUCUCUCAUGAACUGA